GCAUUAUAUCUUGGCAAAAUCCCCUGUAAAACUCUAAGAAUGUCAGACGCCAAGGACGUCCACUCUCCUCUUCUCACCCCCGGGUCUAGGACAUCCGUUCCUCAGUUAGGAUCACCCUCGGUGCCCAAACCGUCUAAAGCCCCCAAUUCACCUCAGAAGUCCAACCCGGCAAAUCCCACGCCAACAGAUCCAGCGCCUAUCAAGACAGUCACCAAUCUGUCAUGGGGAGCACCAGCCGGUCUCGCGAUCCGUGGUCCCAAUGACGAGAACCUCGUUAUAUUCAGAAAGGCUCUAGGGAUAAAUUACCACCGCGAAGCCACUGAUAGCGGCACUCUUGAAGAAGGACGCAAAUCCGCUAUUGGUAUAUACAAGUCUGUCAUCGAAACCCAGCAAACUAAAGGCGUCCAACAUGCCUUACUCACUGCUUUUCUCUACCUUUGCUAUUUUGCGCAGAUCGUUAUUGGCGCGGCACUGACGGCUGUUGGUCCCACAUCCGGACGAUAUGAAACGCUCAUUACUGUUCUUGGCGCUAUCAACACGGUCCUAGCCGGUGUCUUAGCUCUUAUCAAGGGCUCCGGGCAACCUCAAAGGAUGGAAAAGGACCGUGUUGGAUUUCGAAGGCUACAAGAUUGGAUUGAAGAAACCGAGGCACUGCUCGCAGUGGGUGUCAUCGGCCGGAAUAGGAAGGAAGUUGGACUGCUUGUUGAAAGUGCCUUCAAGCGCUACAAUGCAGCAAAGAUGAGUGUAGAAAAUAACAGCCCGGACUUCUACGUCAACCAGCCCGAAUCAAACGAGGACCAGACAGAUACUGCUGGAAAACCACUGAAGCCGGCAGGACCUUAA